UUUCACUUUUCGCACUUUUUGCACUUUUCCUUUUUUUUUCUCUUUAUUCUUGAAUACAAAUUUAAUAUUUUAUAUAAUAACCGAAUAUGCCUCUUACCAAAAUAAAACACACUGCCGAUAGCUACAAGUGUACCACAUGUACUCAAACAUUUUCCACAAAAGGAUUAUACAGGCACCAUUCAAGGAAACACAAUCCAGUCAUGGUUACAGCAGCAAACGGCAGCAAACACAAACUACAUUGGAAGGACGACAAACUCGAGUGCUUGUGUGGAUACGUGACUGGACACAAACAUAUGAUAAUAAACCAUGUUCCAAUGUGCAAAAUGCUUGACUCAGUUGGCACUCUCGGCCAGGCUCAGAUGGUAAGUUAUAUUACAAUAUUUAAAAAUAUACAAAAAUAUACAAAUAAUUUUUUGGCUAACAUCAUCUUUACUUAUUUAUUUGUUUAUAGCCACCUCCAUCAGAGUCUGCACUUAAAUUUUUGAACCUGUACGUCGAUCGAGCCAGUGGUGUGAUUGUGUGUUUGACUUGCUGUUAUGCUGUGUCUCCAGGUGGCAUACAUUCUCACAUUAGUAGCUG